UAACACAGGCGGAGACAAUAGUUGUUCCAUUAUAAGAAGACCUUCUCUGAUGAGCGGUUGGAAGAGCUUUGAUGAGUUAUGAGUUUGCACUGUUAAAGUGGAGAUUGAUAUCCAUAAAAAUAUACAAUUCCAUUGCAGAGUUCGGGGAUGAAAGUAAAGUCUGAGACAAUGGGCUUCUUUCUUAUUCUACUGCAUCUGGGCUUGCAGCUCCCACUCAGCCUUUCCUGUCAAAGUAGCUGUGUGUGCCUUCCAAAUGGGGAUGUUUCAUGCACCGGGGACAUCACCGAAAUCCCACACCUGAAUGCCAAUGAAACUUUCCGCUUAAUUCUCAACAAAACUCACAUAACAGUCCUUAAUUCCCAUAGUUUCCAGGCUCUUGCUCUUUUAUACCGUCUACAAAUUAGCAACAGUCCUCUUGCCACUAUCCACCCAGAAGCCUUUUACAAUGCUUCUCAACUCCGGUCAAUUGUGUUGCCAUCUAACUCCAUCUCGGACCUUCCAUCAAGUGUGUUCAGCAGCCUGGAGGAACUAAAGCAGCUUCACAUGGAUAGUAAUCAACUGGUGUCUCUCCACGCAGACAUGUUUAAACAGCUGGCCAAUCUCAAAGAUCUAGACAUCAGCAAAAACAAAAUUCCAAAUUUGGAUGCCAGAAUCUUCCAGAAUUUGACAAGCUUAGAAAAACUGAACCUGGCUGAGAACCUACUACAAGAGAUCCCACGCAUGUUGUUCCACAACCUUAAGCAACUCAAGGAGCUAAUACUGUACUCCAACCAGCUGAAGACUAUAGAGGAAGGUUCCUUUGAUCAUUUGCACAACCUGGAAAUGCUCAUGCUACAGAAAAACCAAAUCCACGCAAUCCCACCUCGACUUUUUUGGCACAUGCCUUCCCUGUUAACCCUGACUCUGUCUGCCAACCAACUUCAUUAUAUUCCAAGAGAGACCUUUUACUAUCUACCCAACCUUACAAAACUUACACUUUCCAAAAAUCCUCUACUCUCUCUGCCAGACCAGCUAGUAGGUCACAUGCCAAGACUUCAGGAACUCUACUUGUAUAAUACUUAUCUUACCACUGUGCCCUGGAACCUUUUUGCUAACAUGACUGGCCUCAGGGCUUUAAAUCUCCACUAUAAUGAGAAGCUCUCCUCGCUACCAAAAGAUCUCUUUUGGUCCUUGCCCAGACUUCAAAAACUAUCUUUAAGAUUCAACAUACUUCAUGAACUACACCAAGAUCAGUUUUCAGCCCUAACCAAUCUUAUGACCCUAUCGCUCAGUGGUAACAAGUUCAAGUCCCUUUCAGCAAAGCUCUUUCGAAAUCUCCAAAGACUAACCGAUCUUGAGCUGAGCACUAACGACCUGGAUUACCUCCCGGGAGAUAUUUUUGUACAUCCCACUGCACUGCGUUUUCUUAAGCUUGGACAAAACAAAUGGAAUUGCACAUGCAAUAUUCUGGACUUUGCAGAAUGGAUUAGUGAAAAUCAAAAUAUAGUUACUGACCUACACAAUGUCUUAUGCCAUACACCUUACUACUUAUUUAACAAACAACUAGUGGCGUUAAAUAGUGACAGUCUGAAAUGUGGUGUCACCACUAUAAGAGACCUCCACGUUGCUACUCAUUCAGUACAUCUGAACACACUAACCUCUUCUACAAGUAAGGAAGUACAUACAGAGGCCAUCAAGUCCAGUGUAUUCUAUGACACCCUGGUCCUUGUUAACGGUCCUGAUAUCAUCCAUAACAAUCGGCUCCGACGCUGGGUGUACCUGUGGAAGGUACCUGCUACUGGACUGUACAGUGGGUUUUUGAUGGCUUUGCAUGUUGUUAUCGUAGUCACUGGUGUUCUCCUGAUCAUAGCCAAUGCUUAUGCACUCUUCCGUCUAUACAAGGCUCUGUAUAAAUUAGGUAAGCCUCUUAAAGUUCAGACAAUCGUGACUAAACGAUUGCGGCGUUUUAAGGACAAACUCUAGAAAAAGUACAUCGCAGUUCAUUUUAUUAUUAAUCUCUAGCCACAGUGUGUAUGUUGUCCUGACUCAUUAUGACUUUACUGUACCUGCUUGAACACUGAGUGUUAAUUACAACAUCAUGUUAAUAUUAUGAUUUGUGUACAACUUGUUUUCUGGAGACAACUCCUAAAAUAUAUAACAAUUUUCAUUUUUUUAUUAACCCCCCCCCCCCCCCCCUUAUGUAUAAUUCUGAAUCUAAGUCAGUUAAUCACUGUUUUAGAUCUUGAAUAAAAUAAAAUGUGACCUGAUGAAAUUA